CUGGAGCGUUAUUGCAGAGGACUGGCGCCCUAACAGUUAACCUCUGACUCGCGCACAGUAUUGUGGGACGUUAGCAAUGGCCGCUUGCAGAACGACAAUGAAACUUUUAGCUAAGACUGUUUUGUACAUGUCAAGUUUAUUACAGUUGCGUUUCAUUUCUGCUACUGGAGUUGUCUGGGAUGAGAACGGAUACGUUCUGUACUGCCCGUGCAUGGGGCGAUUUGGAAAUCAGGCGGAUCAUUUCUUGGGUUCCUUGGCGUUUGCAAAGAUGCUGAACCGGACACUGGCUGUCCCGCCGUGGAUUAUAUACAGACACCACACGCCUCCUUUCACUAAUAUGCACGUUCCUUACAACGAGUUCUUCCAGCUGGAGCCCCUGCUUCAGUACCACCGGGUCAUUAGUAUGGAGGAGUUCAUGGAGAAGCUGGCCCCCACUCACUGGCCCCCAGGCGAGCGAGUAGCCUACUGUUACGAUGCAGCAGCCAAAAGAAGCCCUGACAAAAAGAGCUGCCCCAUGAAGGAGGGGAAUCCAUUUGGUCCAUUCUGGGACCAGUUUGGUGUGGACUUUGACAAGUCUGUGCUCUUUCCAGGCAUUUCCUUUUCUUCUUACUACAAGCAACAGUGGACUAAAAAGUUUCCCCCUUCAGAGCACCCGGUCCUAGCUCUGCCUGGAGCCCCAGCUCAGUUCCCAGUCCUGGAGGAGCAUGUGCCCCUGCAGAGCUACGUGGCGUGGGCUGACCACAUGGUUCAGGAGGGAGAGGGCUAUAUCGACUCACUGCUCAUCCGGCCAUACGUGGGGAUCCAUCUGAGGAUCGGCUCUGAUUGGCAAAAGGCCUGUGAGCUGUUGAAGGAUGACAAAGCAGGGCCUCACUUCAUGGCAUCGCCGCAGUGUGUCGGGUAUAACCGGAACACCGCCAUCCCGCUCACCAAAAACAUGUGCCUGCCAGACCUGAAGGAGAUCCAGCGAGCCCUCAAACUCUGGGUAAAGAAGAUCAACGGCAAGUCUGUCUACAUCGCAACCGACUCAGAAUCCCACAGCAAGGAGAUCGAGCAACUGUUCAAGGGAAACGUUAAAGUUGUAAGUUUGCAGCCAGAGGUGGCCCACGUGGACCUGUACAUCCUGGGGCAGGCUGAUCACUUUAUUGGGAACUGCGCCUCCUCCUUCACUGCCUUUGUGAAGCGAGAACGGGACGUUCACAGCAAGCCAUCUUCCUUCUUUGGAAUGGAUUACCCUGCAAAGAAAAAAGAUGAACUUUAGAACUUUUAACCUGCGACAGGGCCGGUCAAUUAAAAGGAAGUAUUAACAGGGAAGGACAAAACAUGUAACUAUCAGUCUAAAGUAGAAUGAAUUCGUAGUCAAGAUUUUUGCGAAGAAAAAUAAAUGUACUAAUUUCCAGUAGAUGGCUUUUUUUUUUUUUUUUUUUUUUUAAGACUAGAAAACACGUUUGCAGUCUGUAAAGAGUAACAUUAUCUUGCAUCUCAUGGGAUUUUUCAUUUUCACAAGAACCUAAAACAUAUAGAAGUGUUCCUGGUGUAUAAAUGACAUCCCAUCCGUCACAUGCAUAGCAGUUUGUGCCAUUCUGGGUUUCAUUGUGAACUUUAUCUGAUCUUCACCACAGAGAAGAAAAGCUUAGGGGGUAGGUGCAUUGUUUAACAGUGAAUUUUUCAGACUUUUUAUUCUGAAGCAGCUACAUUUUAUUUAAAGUAUUUUUUAUAUAUCCUACAGCUGUGCUUUAAAGGGUUCACAACAAACAAUUUGAGGAGAUAGCACUUUUCAAUGGAGCUGGAAACCUUUCUGAGAGGUGUAAGCUGACAGACGUAUCAAUGUAUGAAAACCAAUCUUCUUCCUGCUAAUAAUAGUUGCACUUGUCAUGUUUACCCCACUUUGUGAAUGAUUUGCACGACACUCUCCUUUAGUCUGUCCAAAUAAAAGCAACAUUCAGCUGUUAAAUCCUCAAUGUAGUGUGCCCCAAUGUGUUUGCACUAUGGGUAGCAGAAAGGGUGUAGUUUUUCACAGAAAUGGUUAUGUCUUAUUUAGGUCAGAAUAUGAUAAUGUCCACAAAGAGGAUGCAAAUGCAGUGUAAUGCGUUGUGAUCGCACCAAGGGACUGAGUAAAUGGUCCUAAUGGAUAGGGCACAUGUUUGGAUAUAUAUAUAAUGUAUAAAAUCAGAACAAACAGAACACUACAACUGCUUUUUAUUCGAUUCAAUUAUUAUUAAUAAAUAUUAAGGAAUAAAUAACUUUUUUAUUUUUUUUUUACUUUUGAUGUGUACUGUGUUUCACAUUUAUUGUUGUUAAAGUCAUUAAAGUCAAAAAUACUUCUCACAGUAAGAAAUACAGAUAUAACUAUUUUUUGUUAUUUUUCUCAACCUCACUGUUUCUGUAUGGUUUCACAUGCUAUUAAUUAAUUUUCAUGUAAGUAGGGUAUAGGUAAGAUUGCUCUAAAUAAGGAAAAUCCAUACUUUGGUUUGGAAACAUAUAUUUUGUAAUUUAAAUAAAUGAAAAAAGAUCAUUUUGAAA